AUGUCACUCCGAAAUGAGCAACAAACGAUAUCAUUACUUGUAUCGGAAAAAGCUGCCUUGACUUCUGGCCUUGAACGCUUGUCAGGCGCAGAGUCUUAUGCACAGGAGGCUGGACGCCUGCUCUCUGAAGAGCAACAGAAGACAAUUCGUCUUGAAGAACAUUUACAGCAACUUCGAUCAGAGGUUCAAGAAUCUACAGCUAGGAUACAAAGUCUGGAGGCCACGGAUAAGGAACUGACCGACAAAACAAAGGACCAGGCGGGUUACAUCUCCUCAAAUGGCUCUUUGUCAUCGGCUCGCAAGGAGGCAGAGAUACAUCGUCGCCGAGUUCGGGAGUUGGAGGAACAGAUUCAAAGCGAUGACCGUGCUGAUCGUUUGGAGGCAUCGCUCAAGAAUACUCAAGAUCGUGCCGACGAACUUGAGUUCCAACUUUCGAAGUUGAAACAAACGCAUGCCACUGUUAUAUCCGAGCGAGACAAGCUUGACGCACGCCUACGGAUAUCCAGCGAAUCCGAAACUGCGUGGGAAGUCAAACAUUCCACCCUCCAUGCACUGUAUCAGAGUGUUGAGACACAGCUCGCGCAAGCCGUCAUUGAGAAGGAGGCAGUGAUAAACGAAAAAUCUUCCUUGCAGGUGGAGAUAGAAAGUACACAGAAGACGUUGGCUCUUCUACAGGAAAAACUAACAAAAGCGGCCACUGAUCUAGCAAUGAGUACGACGCAUUUGCAGAACGUGCAGAACGAAGCGAAAAUGGCAAACAGGCGAGCGGAGGACGCAGAAAGGACUCAGAAGGAGCUUCAAGAAGAGGGAAUCAGUCUUAUGCACUCUUUAGAUGAGAUGCGGCCCAAGAUUGUCGAACUUACCGGUAUCAAGCUGGAGCUAACUGAAAAGACAGAUGAACUAGGGCGCGUAAUACAAAACCGAGAAUCGAUGAUUGGGCAACUGGAGUCGUCUUUGGAAGAAGCCCGGGCUGACUUAGAAGCAUCAGAAAAGAAACUACGGGACCUCCUUUCAGAGAGGGAGACGGAACGACAUUCCGCUCAACUGGGUGACUCAGAAUUGCAGAAGGGUUACAGCCAAUUGCAAGCGGAACUCGACUCGACCCUUGCAAGGGUCAGGUCACUUGAGGCCGACCGUACAAUACGACAGAACGAAACCCUGCGAAAUAUUGAGGAAGUUGCAAGGCUUCAAGAACUAGCAUCGGCUCAGUCCGAAGAAAUCAUAUCACUCCAGCAUGAAAUAUAUCGAAGACAAAAUGAGCAGUCGGAGGAAAAAUCUUUCCUCGAAGUUGCGCAGAACGAGGUCGAGUCUCUGCGCCAAGAGAUUGCCAUAAAAGACGAAGAAUUAGAGCGUCUUCGCCUUCGAACUUCAAACCUCAGUACUUUCCCCGACAAACCUCAUUCACUUAAAGAUGAGCUCAACGAUGAAGUCCUCGGCUCUCUUAAACUCGACUUGUCAUCGUCGCAGUCCCAUGUGCGCUCUCUGGAGGAGUCGUUGUUUGAUGCAGAAGCCCGAUCUCAUGCUUUAAUGAAACAAGUUGCUGCACUAGAGGAUCAGCUUACGACACGUCCCCAGAUUCCUCCAAUACGACCGUUUUCGCCUUCUGGUGGAGCCCUCGUUUCGAGACCGUCGAGUCGAGGGAGCCGUACUCGUAGUAUAUCAGGCUCCCAUUCUCUCAAACCUUCCGCGCUGGCCCGCUCUGCAAUUGAGCAUAAUCUCUCCCCAGAAACGAGACACAAACGGAGAACUAGCUUGACUAUGCUCAAAGCGAGAAUAGAUAGCGAGUUAGUAGCUGCUUCUGCUCAUUCACAAACAAAUUCCAGAGCUUUGUCCCCGGUGCAGUCUGAAUCCUCUCUGGGUGGGACUUCAAAUGCUGGCUCGAAUUACUCGCGUCAUAAACUUCGACCCCAAUUUAUGGACGAUUCGCAUGUGUUCUGGUGUAGCUCCUGUCGGGGGGAUCUGGUCAUUCUCUGA